CAUAAUGCACUGCGGUACAGCGCUGUGCACGUGUGUUUGUUACGGGAGUCUGAAAACGGAGGAAAAUGGAAAACGGGUUUAUGAAUGAAGUAGAUGAGGAGUAUAAACUGUUUCUGGCUCUGCACACUGCUGCUUUGAAGGCGGCUCGGAUUCCGCCGUUGUACUGGAAAAGUCUGCAUUAUAAACUAAAACAUGAGGUGUUUGAUGCCGGAGAGGUGUUUGGUAUCAUGCGCGUAGAACCGGAAGGUGAGGAAGAAACUUCCAACCCUGGUCGUGAAGAUUCGUAUCAAGUGAUUAUAACUCGAGAAAGUGGCCUGCAAGCUUCUGAUCCAAACAGUGUGUACCUGGUGGAUCAUGCGUGGACGUAUCGGGUGGAAAGUGCCAGGCAGCAGCUGAUCGAGGUUCCUGGACUGUUGAUCCGAAUGGCCAGUCUGAUGGGACUUCCUUUCCAUGGCGAGGCUCCUGAUCCAGACAUCGUGGACCUGGUCCUGGACAACAUGUGGAAGUUUAAUCAGACCUAUCAGCUGUCUCAGGGGUCUGCAGAGGAGAAGGUGCCUGUCUGGUACAUAAUGGAUGAGUUUGGUUCCCGUCUGCAGCACUCAUCUCAGCCGUCCUGUUGUAUGGCUCCUCUGUUCUACGGUCCUCAACAGAUCGCAUAUUCUGUGCUCUGGCCUCUGCAGAAUCUGGGGAAUGGAGAUGAGGUGACGAGGGAUUACUGUUACGGGGAGCCUGAUUCACUGGUGAGGAAGUGUCGACUGUUACCAUGGUUACCUGCUGACCUGGAAGGAGUGAGCGAUGAGACUGUAGAGCCUGCUGACAUUUAUUACGAGACCAUUUUACAGGAGAACAAAGAGAAGCUCCCAGUAGAAAUCCAAGCCUACAGCGUGCCUGAUGGGAAAGUACUAAAGGUCUACACAGAGAUGAAGCAAGUUUCGGACCAUCUGAAACAUCCACAGUUCCACUUCACCGAACUUGAGGAUGAAGCCGAUGUUCUAUGGAUGUAUUCUCACAUCCGUGAUUAUAAGAAGCUGAGUGAGGAGCGACCUCACGUCCUGCUGAACCAGUUCCCCUGUGAGACAAUCUUAACCACAAAGGACUGCCUGGCAUCAGUGGCCCGGAGGGCAAUGCAAGGAGGACAUGCGCCACUGUGGCUUCCCAUGACCUUUAAUCUUCAGACAGAGCUCCCCCAGUUUAUCAAACAUUACCUGCAGAGGCAGGAGAGAGGAGAAGAUAAUCACUGGAUCUGUAAGCCCUGGAAUCUGGCCAGAGGUUUGGAUACACACAUCACUAACAACCUCGACUACAUCAUUCGACAGAGGGAAAGCACCCCGAAGGUGGUGUGUAAGUACUUGGAGGACCCCGUGUUGUUUGCACGAGAGGAGGUUGGUCUGGUGAAGUUUGACAUCCGUUACAUGGUGCUGCUGCGCUCCGUGCAGCCUCUGAGACUCUACGCUUACAACGUCUUCUGGCUCCGUUUCGCCAACAGGCCGUUCUCUCUGGAUCAUUUUGAUGAUUAUCAAAAGCACUACACGGUGAUGAACUAUGCUGAAGGUGUUCAGUUGAAACAGGUUCACUAUGACGAGUUCAUGCCUAUGUUUGAAAAGCAGUAUGCAGAAUAUCCAUGGAAAGAGGUGGAGAGGGAUAUCUUCAAGGCAUUUGCAGAGCUCUUUCAGGCAGCGUCCUCCCGUCCUGCACCAUACGGGAUCUGUUCGUAUCCGUCCUCCAGAGCGAUAUACGCCAUCGACCUGAUGCUGAAAUGGGAACAGUCAGAAGGAGGAACUCGAGUAAUCCAGCCUCAGAUUCUGGAGGUGAAUUUUAAUCCGGACUGCGCCCGGGCCUGCCUGUACCACCCCGACUUCUAUAACCACAUGUUCCAGACGCUGUUCCUGGAUCAGGCUGAUCAGUGUCCUGUCACGCAGAUCGUGUAACUCCUCUAGCUCUCGGCACACGCUGGACUUUGUUACUCUUAAGGGAAAUAAAGAUGAUGUGAUUCUUCAGAA